AUGUUGUCUAUGUCGCCGAAUUCAAUAGUUCGGAGCUCCAUGGAGGAAAUGCUGGAUUCUCUCCAGAGAAAGGAGGAGAAUGAGAUGCCGAAGGACAGGCUCCCGGAUCUGCCGGCAAGGCCCAAGCCAGCAUCCAGGGCCCGGUUGCCUUCGUCUAAGAGGCCGCUGCCCAAAAGCAUCAAUAUUGGGGAAUCUGAGUCCUCGAAGAGCUCAUCAAAUUUUAAUGUAAAAAAGGAAGAUACAAAAGGUUUAAGAGGGAAUAGUUUUGUAGCUAAAAGGGUAAAGGAAUGGGAGAAGGUAGGUGAGCCAAGGUCAGAGGAUAAGGACCAUGCUAAACUCACCAGCUCGCCCCUGGAUUUGCACCCAAGGUUUAGGGAGUCUGAGUGGGAUGACAAUGUUGGUUAUUUCGUUGAGAAGAUUGGUGCGUUUGAAGAUGCUAAAAACCAAGUUUUGCAAGGUACUCUUGUGGUUCAGAAGUGCUUUCGUGGUCAUCAUGCUCGUCAAUACUUUCAUGAGCUCAAAGGAGGAGUAAUAAAAUUGCAAUCAUUUAUUCGUGGUGAAAUUUCCAGAAGGAAGCAUUGCGCUUUGCACAAGUUGAAUGAGCAUGUUGCUUAUGGAAUGCCAGAUAAGCAGCGGAUAUCAGUUGUGAAAAUUCAAUCGGCAAUUCGUUGGUGGUUGGCGCAACGGCAAUUUGGUUACCUUAGGAAUUCGAAAAGGUCCAAUGUUGCUAAAGGGAAACCAAGCAGGAAGAUUUGUGACGUUAAGGAUAUGCCACCCGAAAUGUUACCUUCCGUGGUGGAAGAACUUCAAAGGAAAGUGUUGAUGGCAGAAGCAAUUCUUGGUCAGAAGGAUAAGGAAAAUGCUGCUCUAAGAUUGCAAAUCAGACAAUUUGAGGCACGGUGGUCUGAAUAUGAAUCUAAGAUGAAAUUUUUGGAAGAGGUGUGGCAAAAGCAUACGGCAUCUUUGCAAAUGAAUUUGGCUGCCGCCAAAAUGAGUCUUGGUGUUGAUGAUAAUUCAGGUCAACGUGCAAGGAUUGAUGACUCUUCAUCACCUUGCUGUUAUGAGUUCGAGGAUAUGUCUGUGGCAACUCAGACUCCUGGUGAUAGCACCCCUAUCAAAUUUGCUUACAAUGGUAUAGAUUUUGGAGCAGGUCGAUCGACUGGUGGUGGUUUACAUGCAAACUCCCUUGCGAAGGAGUUUGAGCGAAGGAAAGUAAAUUUUGAUGACAAGGCCAGAGCAAUUGAUGAUGUCAUGUCGGGGCAUGCCGUAGAACCUGAGGAAGAAUUGCAGUCACUGAAAUCCAGAUUUCAGUUGUGGCAAAAGAGUUACAGGAUCCGGUUAAGGGAGGUCAAGAAAAAAGUACACAGGCUACGACAGGAUGAAGCCGAGAAAAAUCGACUAACAUGGUGGGGGAAAGAAGAGCAAAACAUCUUAGCAUUUUGA